CAAACCAUCGCAGGUGCUUUCGAUAGCAUGCUCCAGACCUGGGACAUACCGAAGACGUCUGUCCACGUAGUGCUCCGAGACAACGCACGAAAUAUGAUAAAGGCCAUGAGUGAUGCUGAGCUGCCCAGCCUACCGUGUACUGCUCACACCCUACAGCUGGUGGUUCACGAGGGCAUUCUGUCACAGAGGAGUGUUGCUGAUGCGGUGGCAGUCGGCCGCAAAAUAGUUGGGCAUUUUAAACAUUCUGCUCUGGCCAACUCCCGCCUCGAGGACAUUCAGUUAGAGAUCAACCAGCCUGCGAAGCGGCUCCAGCAAGACGUACAGACCCGCUGGAAUAGCACCUUUUAUAUGAUACAGUCAUUGAUUGAGCAGAAACGGCCUCUGGGAAUAUUCGUAUCUGAACAUGGACUCCCUGAUACUCUCACGGCUCACCAGUGGAUACUGCUGGAGAAGGUGCUAUCUGUUUUGGGUCCGUUCAAGGAGUUAACUCGAAAAGUUAGCUCUUCAGAUGCCAUGGCCGCAGAUGUCAUUCCAGCAGUCACUGUGCUGCACAGAUUUCUAACAAGGGAGACUAAUGAGGACCAUGGGAUCAAAGCAAUGAAGGGAACCUUGGCUGCAGCUGUCAGGAAGCGAUUCGCUGAUGUGGAGGAAAACCCACUCUACAGCAUCGCAACGCUACUCGAUCCCAGGUAUAAAAAUCUGUUUUUCUCCAACACCACCAUUGCUGCAAAUGCCAAAGAGAUGCUGAAACUUGAGCUGCUAAGGUUGCCUGGAGAAGCGGACAAGCAGGAGGAUGAUGACCUGAAUGAACCACCUUCAAGAAAACCACGCAGUGACCAACCAACUAGUAGUCUAGACAGCAUAUUUGAUGAAAUUGCAUCAGCAUCAGUGGGCAGAGCUGCAGUAGGUUCUAAUGUACAGUUAGACACAUAUCUUGGAGAGGCCGCAAUUUCACGAGAAGACAAACCACUACAAUACUGGAUGGUUAAUAAAGUGCGGUUCCCAACUCGGCGGCCAGAUACCUUUCAGCACCUUGCACUAGUGUUGACAGUGAAAGGCUGUUCAGCUCAGUGUCACACAUUGUGAGUGAAAGCAGAAACAGGCUCACAGCUGAUCAUGCAGAGAUGAUUCUUUUCAUCAAAAAGAACCUGCCUCUCACUUUCCCAAAAAAAGCUUAGAGAGACCUCAGAGACCACACCAUUGCAUGCUGACUGAAGUUUGAUAUUUUGUUUAAUUCGAAUGUGGACACUCUGCAAUAGGUUCAUUAAUGUUCUGUCAAUCUGAAAGGUGGAGACAGUGCCAAAUAGUUAAGUGAUAUUUUGUUUGAUUAAAAUGUGGAAACUCUGCAAUAAUUUCACAGAAUAUGUUUAUUUUUCACUUGAAAUUUUAGUUUUAUAGUCAUUUUUAAUUUAUUGAUAUUUUAUUUUUAUCUAAUUCAUCAUCAUUUGUUGUAACAAGCAGAGAAGAAAAUAAAACCUGUCUUCCAA